AUGAUGUUGAUGAAAUCAGCCGCUUCAGUUUCAGCAAUUGUUUGCUUGUAUGUCAGUUACAUUUUCUUGGACAUUCUUGCACUUGAUGUAGCUAAAACUCAAGCUCAAGCUACUACAGCUCCUCGUGAAGGUCUUCUUCUAACAUUGAAUAGAAUUUUUGAAAAAUGGGGGAUUUCUGCAAAUCAAAAUCAAUGGAAUAUAAGUGGAGAGCCAUGUAGUGGAGCCGCAAUUGACGACUCCAUUGCCAUUUAUACCAAUGGUUACAACCCAUUUAUCAAAUGUGAUUGUUCUUACAACAAUAAUGCUCUUUGCCACAUUAUCGAGAUGAGAGUUUUCAAACUGGAAGUUGAUGGUGUCAUCUCCGAUGAGCUAUGA